CAAAACGCUUCUGAAUCUUGAAACUUAUCUAGGCUCCUUUCAGACUCCCAGUGGCCUGGAUGCUAGUCUGUAAAGCAUAGUGUUGCCAAUAGUAUAAGUUCAAUUCUCGCACCAGUUGCGAUUACUAUGAAGGACUUUUCUCUCAGCUUCUCCGCUCCGCUUAAAUUGUAACUAGUCAUUUCGCUCUCUCUAACGAGAGCGGCUUUGUAGCCCGGUAGGAAUGUAGCAACUUUUAACAAGUGGACUAAGUUUGAAUAUUUGGUUUUGUUCGUUAUAUCUUCUAAUAUGGUGAGAUGCAUCUCAAAAAUAGUUCAAUGAAAAUGGAAGCAAGUUAUUGUAACUUUACGAAUGAAGCAACAAUAGUUACACACCUUGUACUUUUUUGGGACGUGGGUGUCGAUGUCAAUGGCAGUAUUAAUGCCCCAGUUAGAAGAGGAGGAGGCGAUAGCCUCAGUCCGGGGGAGGGAGAGGUAACCGGCCUCCUGCUCCCGGUAUAAAGGAGGAGGACCUGCGAACGCUCUCGGGUUACUCGAUCCCGAAGGCGGCUGGGGUGAUGUGGUUAGACGCCCGUCCGGGGAGUCGCCUACCCGCCGUGCCUUUCCCUCCAAUCGCUCCGACAGGGGGCUGCUGCUUCCCCGGGCGGCGGCAGGAGAUGGCGCGGGGGGCAAGGGCAGGCCCAGAGCCGCGGGACCGGGGCCGUCGCGGCGGCUUUUCCAACUCGUGGCCGGAGGUGAAGCCGCGGCUGGGCGGCCGCCGACCGCAGCCUCGACCCGCGGGCUCCAGGGCUGCAGGCAGCUCGAGUGAGAGCGGGCCCGUCUCUAGGUCAGCGGACUCGGGCACAAGGAGCCAUGACAACUCGUCCCGCAGUGGGCUGGUGGAGAGCGCCGGGGAGGGGGACUUCUCGCUCAGCCUGACCCCUGAGGCCGUGCUGCUGAUCCAGAGGCGCAGCCUGGAGCGUCAGCCGCUGGGGCCCGGCAGGAGUAGGAGGCAGUGCCCGCGGCCAUCCGGCUCUCUUCAGCAGCCGAGCUCCGGGUCUGCUCAAACCGCCUCAGCGGCCGGUAUCCGGAGCCUGGUGAAGAUCUCGCUGCUCAAUAACCAACACAGAUACGACGACGUGGAGUAUGAGGAGGAAGAAGACGGACCGGGAGACCCGACGCUGCACCAGAGGUGUCUGGACUGGCUGCACGGGGUAGAGGAGGCGGUCAGGCUGCCCCGGCUGCUCAGCUAACCCGGUCCCGGGGCUAGCCUGGCACGGCACAGGGGCAGAGCCCAGGCUGUCUUUCUCCCAACUCCGGUGGAGUGAGCGUGGGCUGCGGAGCCCAGGCUGCCACAAAGUGUCUGGUGGGGCAGAACUCAGACUAUUCCCCCCGCUACACGGGGAAGGGUGUGAGCGGAUGGGAGGCAAAACAGCAACUGCUCACCUGACUUCAGCAUCUGCAGUGCUCCCUUUUCUGGCUGAAAACUGCAAAUCCAGAACGUUACCCUGUCUCUGCUUAUGUUUUGUUUAAAAUCUUCACUGCUCCUGCAGACAAAAACAAUUGGCCCACACUGCUAGUGGGUGAACUUUUAAUUUACCAGGUAUCCACAAAACAGUGCCCAUUAAAGAACAGAACGAAGUCAUUGUAUAGAGUGGGGAGAGAUUUGAUGCUUAUGUUACAGUAAAAGGAAGAGGUGUAAGGUGCAAGAAAUUCUCAGGAAUGUAUUUCACGAUAUUUGGAGAAAUUUUCACCUCUAUCUAGUUUGGAUCUGUGCAACUGAUACGAUCGAUCUACCAAGUGUCUUUUAUUAAGUCAAAUUGUUCUGGCUUCUGUCAAGCAAAAUAUGACUAAUUGAGUGAGUGUGAGAUCACUGUCAAGAAAUGGAUAUGACUUGUAAUGAAAAGUGAUGAAUUGCCAAAUGAGUGGAUUACCAGAGAACGAAUUUAUAUUUAUACUUGCUCGCUGCUUGUGAUGUGCACAAUUAGAUACACAAAGAAGUGUACAAUAAUCUAAAAAUACACUAGUUUAUAUUUUGAAUGUUUCACAGAAAUUAUCAUUAAAGCAUUGCUGCAAACAAUGCAGGGUUUUUUUAAUCUACAUCUAAAACUUAUUUAUAAUCGCUUUCUGUUACUUUUGAAAUGGCUUUUGAAAAUGGUGUAAGUGACUGGUAUAUUAAAAUUGCCAUGUAAAAUUGUGAUUCAAUUGAUACGUACGUAGCAAGGAAUGG